AUGGAAAACCCCAAGACAGACCAGUUGUGUUGGGACGUUGAGGAGGGCGAUUAUCAUGUAGUAUGUGUAGGGAAUCAUUCGCAGAUUGAAGACAAUUGUGAACUCAGUUUGCCAAAAUUUUCCAAAAAUUGCACACGAGAACUGUUUUUAAAAGAGGAGUCCGUGUUAAUGACUGCCUCUCAGAAAGGCCAUACCAGCGUAAUAAAAGGAUUGGUAGAAAGGGGAGUGAGCAUCAACGUAGGAGACAGGGCUGAGGUAAUGUCGUUAUCCGUUGCCUCGCAGAGAGGUUACGAUGAUGUCGUUGAAUAUUUACUGAAAAUCUGGCCUUAUUUAAAUCACGAAGGUAGAAAUCAGGAAACGACACUGAUGGUUGCUACUCAAAAUGGCCACAUUGAGGCUGUCAGAUACUUGGUUCGACGAGGAGCCUCACUCAAUACAAUAAGUGAUAAGGGGUGGACUCCCUUAAUGAUAGCCUGUCAAUAUGGCCAUCUGAAGGUGGUAGAACACUUAAUAAGUGAAGGGGCUGAUGUCACUCUGAAAGGGAUCAAUGAGAUGUCACCGUUGUGGAUCGCUUCUAAAUACGGUCACACAAAAAUUGUGCACUGCUUAGUUGAUAAGGGGAGUGAUGUCAACGACAAGAACAAAUACGGUUGGACUCCGGUGAUGAUCGCAUCGCAAAAGGGACACCUAUAUGUUGUGAAAUAUUUGAUAGAGAAGGGAGCCACUGUCACUGGAAAAACCAGUAAUGGGAAGACGCUGUUGGAUAUUGCUUCCGAAAGAGGCAACGUCGAAAUUGUGCAAUACAUCCUUGAAAACCAAGUGGGCAUUAGUACAAAAGGAAACUUGAUCCAGUACAACUUUGGUUACGAUGCUGCUCGAACUUUUGAUGAAAUUGAAAUUGGCUUAGAACAGUUAGCUUUUCGUUUUCAGAGUACAGCGUUGAUUGGUGCAACUCAAAGUGGCCACACGCCUGUUGUAAAGUAUUUAAUAGAAAAAGGAGCAGAUGUAGACGUUGAGAAUAGCGACAAGUUAACGCCACUGAUGAUGGCUUCGUGUGAAGGAUAUUUUGGAGUUGCAAAGGUUUUGAUGGAAACUCAUGCUGAUAUCGAUAAAAUUAACAAGAAAGAAGAGACUGCAUUACAUAUAGCAGCAGAGAGUGGUAAUAUUGACAUUUUAAGACUAUUGAUACGUAACGGUGCCCAAAUUGCUGCAAAAAAUGUUGAAGGGAUGGAAGCUUUGCAUUUUGCUGCGAAAAAUGGCCAAAUGGACGUUAUAAGGUACUUGGUAGAGAAGACGACCAACAUCAAUUCAGAGAACAAUGAAGGGGAGACAUCAAUUUAUGUUGCUUCGCAAGGCGGUCAUAGUAAUGUUGUGAAGUAUUUAAUAGAGAAGGGAGCGAGUACAGAGGCAAAAACUAAAAGAGGGAUGAAAGCUUUGCACGCUGCUUCAAGAAUUGGACAAAUAGAUAUUGUAAGGUGUUUAGCAGAAAAAACAACAAACAUUGAUUCAGAGAACAAUGAGGGGGAGACACCGCUUUAUACCGCCUCUCGAAGUGGUCAUAGUGUCGUUGUGAAAUAUUUGUUGGAAAAAGGAGCGGCAGUCAAGACGAAAAACAAGUUUGGGUAUUCGCCUUUGUGGAUCGCUUGUAAAAAUGGACAUUUGGAAGUCGCAAAGUAUUUGAUAGACAGCAAGGCUGAUAUAAAUGCGGAAAGCAAAAGCAAGAAUACGCCAUUGCAAGUUGCUUCUUCAUGCGGUCAUACUGAAGUUGCAAGCUACUUAGAGAACAUUGGUGCUACUGACACCUUGAAAUACACGAAUAAGGAGGAAUCGCUGCUUACAGCGUCACAGAGCGACCACGUCGAAAUCGUUACAUUUUUGUUGGGAAAUGGAGCAAAAAUCGACGCAAAAAAGGACAGUGGUGAAACAGCACUGCACUUGUCUUUGAAGAAUGGCCAUUACGGAGUUGCAAACCUUUUAAUUGAAAAAGGAGCUGAUGUCAAUGAAAGAGGGGGAGAAAACGACGUGAGCGUUCAUUUUGAGAAGUUCUAUGAAUAA